ACACCAAAAUCAUGUUUAACAAAAAGAAGUUAUCCGGUGCUCAAAAUCGGAAACGAAAAAUGGAAAAAGAAAAAACUGCUAAAAAAUUAUCAGGAUCGCUCGCCAAGUUUCUUAAAACGACAAAUACUGAAGAUGAAAACCAAAAUAAUAAAAACGAAAAAACUGUUGAAAAAUUAUCAGUAUCAUUGGCAACAAAUACUAUUACAUCGGAAGAUGCUUCUGAUAUCAGCGAACCAGUUAUUGAUCAAUCCCAAAUCGAUUCAACAGAUACUAAUGGUCAAACUUUUUUCGAUGAUCCUACAGAUGAAGGUGCUUCGUGUUCUGAUAUCAGCGAACCAGUUAUUUAUCAAUCCCAAAUCGAUUCAACAGAUACUAAUGGUCAAACUUUUUUCGAUGAUCCUACAGAUGAAGGUGCUUCGUGUUCUGAUAUCAGCGAACCAAUUAUCGAAACGGCAAUACCCUAUCCAUCGACAAAUCAGCCCGUAAUCGAAUCUUUGGAUUGUUCUUCAACAUUCAUUCUCGAAGACCCUGCGACUUGGCCAGAAAAUAUAUCUUUAAAAAUUCGGGAUUUUUUGGUGGAAAACCUGCCCAAACAUAUAAAACAUUCUUAUCCAAAAGACAAAAACGGUCGAAGUUUCAGUGAAAACUAUUUUUUUAGAAUUUUACCAAAUGGAGAGAAGGUAAAAAGACAAUAUCUCGUCUAUUCAAAAUCGUUGAAUUCUGUGUUUUGUAGUCACUGUAAGCUAUUUGGCGGUCCAAAUUCCAGGCUAUCAAAUGAUAGCGGUGUCAAUGAUUGGCGCCAUUUAGCUACUAUAUUGAAGACACAUGAAUCCUCUUCAAAUCAUUUGAGCAACAGUAGCAAGUUUUUAAAAUUAAAAAAUGCACUGAAAAACAAAACGACAAUCGAUGGAACAAAUCAGCAAAUAAUAGAAAAUGAAAAAAAUUAUUGGCUAUCCGUAUUGGAAAGAAUCAUUCUUUUGAUUCAAUUUCUAGGCCGACAAUGCUUGGCUAUUCGUGGUUCCACACAAGCCAUUUAUAGUGAGGAAAAUGGAAAUUUUCUAAAACUUGUCGAAACAGUGGCCAAGUUUGACAAUGUCAUGAACGAACAUCUUCGGCGAAUCCAAUUUUCGGGUAAGUCAUUUCCUAGUUAUCUUGGCGACAAGAUACAAAAUGAAAUCAUUCAUUUAGUUUCGAAUGCGGUCAAAAAUAGAAUUCUUGAAAUGGUUGAAAAAUCGAAAUAUUUUGCUGUUGUUCUUGACACAACACCAGAUUGUUCGCACAAAGAACAAUUGUCGAUCAUAAUUCGAUUCGUUCAUCAUGAUGAUGAUACGAAUGCGGCUAGUAUUCAAGAAAGAUUUCUCGGUUUUAUAGCUUUGGAUGAAACAACCGGAACUGGUUUGUUCAAUGCAAUCACUAGUUGCUUCCAAAGCCUCAACCUAAAAAUUGAGAAUUUGAGAGCUCAAUCUUAUGACAAUGCCGCCAACAUGAAAGGCAAAAAAAAUGGUCUUCAAAAAAAAAUUCUUGAAUUAAAUUCAAGAGCGUUCUUUGUGCCGUGCUCGGCACAUUCACUCAAUCUGGUGGUCAACGACGCUGCCAAAAUGUCUUUUGAAACUGUCAAUUUUUUUGAUUUAAUUCAAGAAUUCUACAAUUUUUUUUCCGCUUCUCCCAGAAGGUGGGGCAUAUUGAAAAAACAUAUGCCCCACCUUUCCUUGAAGCCAUUGUCGGCUACAAGGUGGGAGAGCCGGAUUGAAUCAAUCCGGCCAUUCAAAAUUUAUUUGAAUAAAAUUUCCAAUGCUCUAGAAGAGCUUUCGGACGAUGAUUCGUUCGACUUAGAAAGUCGAACGAAAGCAUCAAAUUUAAAUGAUCGAGUUGCAUCAUUUAAAUUUAUCUGCGGGAUUCAGGUCUGGCACCUUAUUUUGGACUUGAUAAAUGUAUCAAGCAAAUUGAUGCAGAGCCCCAGAUCAACUAUCGGCACAAUUUCCGAUAGUUUACAAAAAGUUUUGUCGCGAUUGAGAGAAUUCCGUUCGGAUGAAUUUUUUGAAAACAAUAUCAUUAAAGAAGCUAGCAAGGCGGCUGAAAGUAUCAAUGUAGAAGCGGUCUUUGAAGAAUCGCGUAGAAGAAAAAAAACAAAGUCAUUUGAUUAUGAAUCUUCGGAUUCUCCUCUGAAUGACCCAAAAUCGCAUUUUAAAGUCGAUUUUUUUUUCGCAAUUCUUGACAUCGCAAUAACCUCGGUAGAAGAGCGUUUCACUCUUCUUAAUCAACAUAUGAUGGUAUUUGACUUGAUUAAAAAUUGUAAUGAUUUGGAAAAAUUUGAUGAUUUAAAAAAUCGUUGCUUGAAUCUUGAAAAGAAAUUGACAGAUAUUAAUGACAACAAUAAACGUGAUAUUGAUGGAAAAAUUCUUUUCGAAGAGUUAUGUAGUCUUAAAACAUUUUUGGAGAAAGAAUACACUCCUUUGGAUGUAUUGAAUUUUCUUUAUGAAAAUAAUCUCAUCGAUACAUUUCCAAACACCGCCGUCGCAUUGAGAAUUUUUCUGACAAUGCCGGCAUCCGUCGCUUCCGGGGAGCGGACAUUUUCAAAAUUGAAAUUGAUAAAAAAUUAUUUAAGAUCAUCAAUGUCCGCCGAUCGAUUAUCAGGUUUAGCCAUUAUGUCUAUUGAAAGUGAUAUAAUGGAAGCCAUCGAUAUAAAAGAAACGAUAAAAGAAUUCGCGAUCGCAAAAGCUAGGCGAGUACAUAUCAUUUAG